AUGGCGCUGGCCGAGCUCUACACGCAGUACAAUAGGGUUUGGAUCCCUGAUAAUGAAGAAGUUUGGCAGUCUGCAGAAAUCACAAAAAACUACAAAGCUGGAGACAGUUUUCUCCAUUUACAAUUAGAAGAUGGAACUGACCUGAGUUACCCUGUUGAUCCAGCUGCUUUGCCACCACUACGAAAUCCUGACAUACUUGUUGGUGAAAAUGAUCUCACUGCCCUCAGUUACCUGCAUGAACCAGCUGUUCUACACAACCUUAAAAUUCGUUUUGUGGAGUCUAAGCUUAUCUACACAUAUAGUGGGAUAAUUCUGGUUGCAAUAAACCCCUAUAAGCAGCUGCCAAUAUAUGGAGAUGCCAUUAUCCAUGCAUAUAGUGGGCAAAACAUGGGGGACAUGGAUCCACACAUAUUUGCUGUGGCAGAAGAAGCAUACAAGCAAAUGGCAAGAAAUAACAAGAAUCAGUCCAUUAUAGUCAGUGGAGAAUCAGGAGCUGGAAAGACUGUGUCUGCAAGGUAUACCAUGAGAUACUUUGCCACUGUGAGUAAGUCAAGCAGCAAUGCUCAUGUGGAGGAUAAAGUACUGGCAUCCAAUCCAAUAACUGAGGCUGUGGGCAAUGCGAAAACCACACGGAAUGAUAACAGCAGUCGAUUUGGGAAAUACACUGAAAUCAGUUUUGAUCAGAGUUACCAAAUCAUUGGAGCUAACAUGAGAACAUACCUGCUUGAGAAAUCCAGAGUUGUAUUUCAGUCAGAAAAUGAAAGGAACUACCAUAUAUUUUAUCAGUUGUGUGCAUCUGCUAUGCAACCUGAAUAUGAACAUCUUAAAUUGGGGAGUGCAGAAGAAUUUAACUACACACGAAUGGGUGGCAGCACUGUAAUAGAAGGGGUUGAUGACAGAGCAAAUAUGGUGGAGACUCAGAAGACAUUUGCCUUACUAGGUCUGAAGAGGGAUUUUCAGAUGGAUGUUUUUAAAAUGCUGGCAGCAAUCCUGCACUUGGGCAAUGUGGAAAUAGCAGCUGUUGGAGAUGAAAGAUCAUCCAUCAGUAUGGAAGAUAAACACCUCAGUAUAUUCUGUGAGCUUCUGGAUUUAAACUGUGACAAAAUGGCCCGGUGGCUGUGCCACAGGAAGAUUGUCACCACCUCGGAGACCGUGGUGAAGCCCAUGACAAGGGCCCAGGCUGUCAAUGCCAGGGAUGCCCUGGCAAAGAAAAUCUACUCCCAUUUAUUUGACUUCAUUGUGGAAAGAAUUAACCAAGCUCUGCAGUUCCCUGGCAAACAGCACACUUUCAUUGGUGUUUUGGAUAUUUAUGGAUUUGAAACAUUUGAUGUGAACAGUUUUGAACAAUUUUGUAUCAAUUAUGCUAAUGAAAAACUACAGCAGCAGUUUAACCUGCAUGUCUUUAAACUUGAACAAGAAGAAUAUAUGAAGGAAGAUAUCCCAUGGACUUUAAUAGACUUUUAUGACAACCAGCCUGUCAUUGACCUUAUUGAAGCUAAAAUGGGAAUUUUAGAACUUCUGGAUGAAGAAUGCUUGUUGCCUCAUGGAAAAGAUGAAAACUGGCUUCAAAAGCUGUAUAAUAAUUUUGUCAAUAAAAACGCACUCUUUGAAAAGCCAAGGAUGUCAAACACUUCUUUCAUCAUUCAACACUUUGCUGAUAAGGUAGAAUAUAAAUGUGAAGGAUUUCUGGAAAAAAACAGAGAUACAGUACACGAAGUAUUGAUUGAAAUCUUGAAAGAGAGCAAGUUUCAUCUGUGUGCAAAUUUUUUUCAAGACAGUCCAGUGUCCAUCUCACCUUUCAGUUCAACUAUAAACAUCAAAUCUGCCAGACCUGUUCUGAAAUCACCCAACAAACAGCUCCGGACCACUGUGGGCAGUAAGUUCAGGAAUUCUUUGUCUUUACUUAUGGUGACACUCAAUGCAACCACUCCUCAUUAUGUGAGAUGCAUAAAGCCAAAUGAUGAGAAGUUGCCUUUUGAGUUUGAUUCCAAGAGAGUUGCUCAGCAGCUGCGAGCAUGUGGUGUUUUGGAAACGAUUCGAAUUAGUGCACAGAGCUACCCAUCCAGGUGGACUUACAUUGAGUUUUUCAGCCGUUACAGCAUUCUUAUGACACAGCAGGAGCUCUCCAUAAAUGACAAGAAACAGAUUUGCAAGAUUGUUUUGCAGAGGCUGAUCCAGGAUCCUAACCAGUAUCAGUUUGGGAGAACAAAGAUUUUUUUCAGAGCGGGGCAGGUGGCUUACCUGGAGAAGCUGCGCUCGGACAGGCUGCGGCAGGCGUGCACGCUGCUGCAGCGGCGCGUGCGGGGCUGGCUGCAGCGCCGGCGCUUCGUGGCCCUGCGCCGCGCGGCGCUCACCGUGCAGCAGUACUACCGUGGGCAGCGCACCGUCAGGCAAGCUAUAACUGCAAGAAAUCUGAAGGAAACAUGGGCAGCUAUAAUCAUUCAGAAAUACUGUCGGGGUUACCUCGUCCGUAGACUUUGCCAGCUCAUCCUUGUGGCUGCUGUGACAAUCCAAGCUUACACAAGAGGAUUUCUAGCAAGAAAAAAGUAUCGCAAGAUGCGUGAGGAGCAGAAGGCUGUGGUUCUCCAGAAAUAUGCCCGUGCAUGGCUGGCCAGGCGCAGGUUCCAGAACAUUCGGCGCUUCGUGUUGAAUAUCCAGCUCUCAUACAGAGUUCAGCAGCUGCAGAAAAGGAUAGAAGAACAGAGUAGAGAAAAUCAUGGCUUGCUGGAACGAUUGACCAAUCUGGCUUCAGCUCAUAUGAAUGAUGUGGAUACAAUUCAGAAACUUGAAUCAGAACUCGAAAAAUUAACUGCUCAAAAGAGAACAUAUGAAGAGAAAGGGAAAAAAUAUAAAGAGGACAGUGAGCAGAAAAUCUUAAAACUUGAGAAUCAGAAUAAAGAAUUACAAGAACAAAAGGAAACCUUAGAAAUAAAACUCCAAGAAAAAACUGAGGAAAUGAAAGAGAAAAUGGAUGACCUCACACAGCAACUCUUCAAUGAUGUACAAAAAGAAGAAAACCAGCGAAUGAUACUUGAGAAAAAUUUCCAAAACCAGAAGCAGGACUAUGAAAAGGAGAUUGAACUGCUCAAGGGAGAAAUAAAGAUCCUGAAAGAAGAAAAAAUUCAGCUACAGCAACAAAUUCAGCAAGAAAUUAUCAUUCAGGAUGGCUUAAAAAUGGAAGUAGGACAGCUUACAAAACAAGCACAGAAAAUACCUGAAUUGCAAAAGGAAAUUGAACUUCUUCAGACACAGAAAUUGGAUGUUGAAAAGCAGGCCCACUCACAGAAGAGAGAAUUGAGGGAAAAGAUGUCAGAAGUUACAAAGCAGCUUCUUGAAAGUUACGAUUUUGAAGAUGUAAGAAGCAGACUCUCUACAGAGGAUCUGGAGCACUUAAAUGAGGAUGGAGAGCUGUGGUUUGCUUAUGAGGGCUUGAAAAAAGCCACAAGAGUAUUGGAAAGCCAUUUCCAGUCUCAGAAAGAAAUAUAUGAGAAGGAGAUUGAGGGUUUGAACUUUAAAGUUGAACAUCUUAGUCAAGAUAUUAAUCAUCUACAGAAAUUAUUCCGAGAGGAAAAUGACAUCAAUGAUGGCAUUCGGUUGGAAGUUAGCAGGCUAACUUCAGAAAAUCUGGUAAUCCCAGAUCUUAAGCAGCAAGUUGCUGAACUUGAAAAUCAAAAAUUAGAUCUUGAAAACCGUCUUCAAGAGCAGACCAUAAAGUUGAAAGGAAAAAUGGAAGAGAUGUCAAAUCGGCUGCAUUAUGAGCUGGAACGGGAUAGGACACAGAGACGAACCACUGAGGCCCAGAAUGAAGUAGACAUAAAAGAAAAAGAGAAUCUGAAGGACACAAUCCAAGGAAUUGAGGGACUGAGCAAUGGUGUGAUGCAAGAUGAAGUCCAGGGUGAACUACAAAGCAAGAUAAAGCAAGUGACAACUCGACUUGCUGUGGAAAACAUGGAUCUUGAAGAAAAGCUAGACAUGAAAGACAGAAUAAUAAAAAAAUUAGAAGAUCAGAUCAAAACUCUGACCAAGACUAUUGAAAAAUGUAAGAUAUUAUUAUCCCUUGUGCCCACUGUGCCCAAAGAGUACAUUGGAAUGAUGGAGUACAAAAAAGAGGAUGAAGAAAGGAUCAUUCAGAAUCUGAUCCUCGGUUUGAAGCCCCGUGGAGUUGUAGUUAAUAUGAUUCCUGGCCUUCCAGCUCACAUCCUGUUCAUGUGUGUGAGGUAUGCAGAUUACCUGAACGAUGCUGACAUGCUGAAGUCUUUCAUGAAUGUAACCAUUGAUGGCAUCAAGCAGGUUGUUAAGGAACAUUCAGAAGACUUUGAGAUGUUGUCCUUUUGGCUUUCCAACACAUAUUAUUUUCUUAACUGUUUGAAGCAGUACAGUGGGGAAGAGGAAUUCAUGAAGCAUAACACUCCACGUCAGAAUAAGAACUGUUUGAAGCAUUUUGAUCUCUCAGAAUACAGACAAAUUCUCAGUGAUUUGGCCAUUCAAAUAUAUCACCAAUUCAUUAUUGUAAUGGAGAACAACAUUCAGCACAUGAUUGUACCAGGCAUGCUGGAAUAUGAAAGUCUUCAAGGAAUUUCUGGCCUGAAACCUACGGGAUUCCGUAAACGUUCUUCCAGUAUAGAUGACACGGAUACCUACACUAUGACCUCUAUCUUGCAGCAGCUCAGCUAUUUUUAUAGCACUAUGUGUCAGAAUGGCUUGGACUCUGAGCUCCUAAAGCAGGCAGUGAAGCAGCUUUUCUUUCUGAUUGGAGCUGUCACCCUCAAUAGUCUCUUUCUCCGCAAGGACAUGUGCUCCUGUAGAAAAGGAAUGCAGAUAAGAUGUAAUAUCAGCUACUUGGAAGAAUGGCUUAAGGACAAGAAUCUUCAAAGCAGCAAUGCCAAAGAAACUUUGGAGCCCCUGUCUCAAGCAGCCUGGCUCCUUCAGGUUAAAAAGAUCACAGAUGAUGAUGCCAAGGAAAUAUGUGAACACUGCACAUCUCUUUCUACUGUGCAGAUAGUUAAGAUCCUGAACUCGUACACUCCAAUAGAUGACUUUGAGAAAAGAGUGACUCCAUCAUUUGUUCGGAAGGUCCAGGCUAUGCUAAACAACCGUGAGGAUGUCCCACAGCUGAUGCUUGAUACCAAGCAUCUCUUCCAAGUGACGUUUCCUUUCACCCCCUCUCCGCAUGCUUUGGAACUGAUACAAGUCCCCAGCAGCUUCAAACUUGGCUUUCUCACGAGGGUUUAA